UUUCCACCCUGUACCCCAGCCGCCCGACGCGUCACGGCCAGUGUUGUGUCAGCCUCAAGACGGUAAACUGUUAACUUUGCAGUCUCCACUAUGACAGAACCUUGUGCCGGAGCCGUACUCAUCGAGGGAAAGACGAAGGUGGUGAAGGUGUGUGAUGACAGGGGUCACGUUUUGGUAGUGAACAAGGACCGCAUUACAGCUGGGGAUGGGGUCAGAGCUCAUGAUUUGGAAGGCAAAGCCGCCAUCUCAAACUCUACCAAUGCUAAGGUUUUCACUUUCCUCCAAGAGGCAGGCAUCAAAACAUCAUGGGUCCGGACUUUUGACAGCAAAAGUUACCUGGCUCGUAAGUGUCACAUGGUACCACUGGAAUGGGUGACACGUCGAGUUGCCACAGGAUCUUUUCUCAAACGCCACACUGGUGUCACAGAAGGUUACCGAUUUACACCCCCUAAGUUGGAGACCUUUUAUAAGGAUGAUGCCAACCAUGAUCCACAGUGGAGUGAAGAGCAGGUCCUUGAAGCCAAGUUAAAUGCAGGAGGUGUAGUGAUUGGACGACUGGAGUAUGACAUCAUGGCACGUACAACAGUGACAGUGUUUGAGGUGUUGGAGCGGGCAUGGGCUGCCUUGGACUGUGCUCUUAUUGAUAUGAAGAUAGAGUUUGGCAUUGAUGAAGAAACGAAGGAAAUCCUGGUUUCCGACACAAUUGACUCGGACUCCUGGAGACUUUGGCCUUCAGGUGACAAGAGGCUCAUGAAGGACAAACAGGUCUACCGCAAUCUAGAGACUGUCACUGAUGAGGGUCUAAGUCAAGUAAAGCGGAACUUCCAGUGGGUUGCUGACAAGUUGGAUUCUUUUAUUCCCAAGCCUAGAGGAUUGGUAGUGGUGUUAAUGGGAUCCCCAUCUGAUGCUCAACAUUGCGAGAAAAUCCGUGAACAUUGUAAGAAGUUGAGUGUCCCUUGUGAACUGCGAGUCACUUCUGCUCAUAAAGGAACACAGGAAACACUUGCCAUUAUUACACAAUAUGAGGGCAUGGGCAUUCCUCUAGUGUUUGUGGCAGUGGCUGGUCGGAGUAAUGGCCUGGGCCCAGUCACUUCUGCCAAUACCUGCUGCCCAGUGAUCAACUGCCCACCACUCAAGCCUGAAGAUGUAGCAAGAGAUGUGUGGUCGUCCCUCAGCCUGCCUUCAGGUAUGGGUUGUGGUACAGUGCUUUACCCUGAGGCAGCAGCUCAGAAUGCUGCUUCCAUUCUUGCACUGAGUGACCAUGUUAUCUGGUCCAAGAUAAGGGCAAAACAACUCAACCUGUGGACUGCACUCAAGCAAGCAGAUUGGAGCAUGUGCCAGUCGAACUGAUAUUUCUGAAUUCUUAUCCAUAAGAUUAAUUAUCAUAUUAACUUUGUUGAAUAUACUUAUUGAAAAUUU